AUGGCUUAUCAUUUUUUCAGCCUUCUUUCGAAUAGGAGUUCGUUAUGGACUUCAUGGGUCAAGCUUCACAGGCUCAAGGGUCGAAGUCUAUGGGAUAUUCCGGUUCAAGCCAGUGCAUCGUGGGGAUGGAAAAAAUUAUUAAGAUGCAGGUUGCUGUUUAGGGAUUACUUUUGGAGUAAAAUAGGCAAUGGUCAAAAUACGUUCGUUUGGUUUGAUAAAUGGUGUGAUGAUUGCCCGUUAGGGAAUGUGGUUACUCCUCGACAAAUGUCGAGAUAUGGGUAUAAUGUGAAGUCCAAAAUAGCUGAUGUUAUUGAGCAUGGGGUUUGGGCGUGGCCGGAUGAAUGGAGAACAACAUAUCCGAUGCUAUUUCAGCUUCAUUCUUGUCAUCUUUCCAAUGCAAAAGAUCAGGUUUUGUGGAGAAAUUUUGAAGGAAAAUUAGUUCCGUUUACUUCUAAGGAGGUGUGGGAUACCAUUCGGAUUCGAGAGCAUCAACGUGAUUGGUCCAACAUUAUUUGGUCGUCAUUCAGCAUCCCUAAACACGCCUUCACUUGUUGGCUGAUUUUCAAGAGGAAGCUAUGGACUCAAGAUCGCAUUCUUCGGUGGAAUCACAGAGUUACUGGCUCCAUGAAUCAGAUGUGUUGUUUACUAUGUUAUGCAGAUCUAGAGACACAUGACCACUUGUUUUUUCAAUGCUCUUAUUCUACAACGGUGUGGAAUAUUGUUCGUGACAAAGUGGGUAUGAACUCGAUUCAGCAGAGAUGGGAAGACAUAGCAAGGUGGUUUGUUCCGAGAGCAAAAUCCAGAGCUGUUUAUGCGAUUGCUAGUAAGUUAGUUGUCGCUGCAUCGGCUUAUGUGAUUUGGAGUGAAAGAAAUGCUAGAUACUUUAGUAAUCGAUUGAGGCCUCCUGAAAAGAUAUCAGACAUUAUUCUUAGCACGGUCCGAGACAAAUUAUUAUCGUUUAAAUACAAAAAUUCUAAUAAUGUGAGGCAAUUUUUGGAAGAGUGGAAGAUGGAUGGGGCAGACUAUUAUGAAGAAGCCUGA